AUUACUUUCCAUCUUUCAAUGACAAUGACAGGCCACUUUCUCACUUUCUUUUUACCCUUCUUCCUGUCGAAACACAAGAACCCACCGGAACCCACAAAGCAUCAUGACAAGUGCUGGCGACUGGAUUUCCGAGGACCUGGAACCAGCUACUCUGCUGUCGGUGCAGGAGGAAAAUGGCGUUGUUACCAAGGUGUACGUGGCUCCCUGUUUGGAGCCGAUAACAAAGGUUGAACCCCUGUUGGAGCGAAAGCCAGAACUUUUCCCGGAGGCCAACACGCUGCUCUUCCACUGUCCGUUUUGCUGUAAUGGGAUCCGCACGGGCGGGGCCUACAAGGUUCAUCUGAUGGCCUGCGAAAGACGCUUUGCAUGGAUGAUGAAGGAUGGCCCGGCCGUGCCCCAGUUGCAAUGCAGCAUUUGUAAGGAAACUUUCUCCUCGGUGGCAGCCCUGAUCAGCCACAGGCUCCAGCACAGCAGUCCAUCAAUGAAUCGCACCUGCGGAUCGUGCCAUGUAAUGUUCGAGACGGAGCUGGAGUAUCGCACCCAUUUGGAGAGCCAUCUGAUACCACGAGAAUCCAAGGAUGAGUCCUACGAAGGGGCAUACACCAUCACCAAACUCUUCAAUUGCCUCUUCUGUCGCAAGGAGUUCUUGGCCUGCUUUAGACCUGGCCAAGUGAGCCGUCGAUAUGCCUGCGACGAAUGUGUCCAAAGGCUGAAGACCCAGGAGGCGGAGAAGAAGCCGAAGAAGAGAAAGGCCGAUUUAUGCUGUGAUCGCUGUGGGAGAAAGUACAAGUAUGAGGGUUUCCUUAACCGUCAUUUGAAGACUUGCCAGGUACCGGAGAGAUACAAAAGGAAGCGAGAGCUGGAAAUUGACGAAGCUAGUUAACCAACAGACAAAUUUUCCAGCA